AUGGCGAGCUUUCCCAUCCCUCGGGAGAACUUUAGUGACCUCAACAAUAAAAUCGCCGUCAUCACAGGAGCCUCCUCUGGCAUUGGGUUAGCCACGCUCAAGCUUUUCGUGGAGAAUGGAGCGCAAGUAGUUAAUGGCGAUCUACAACCCUUGAAGGAGGAGAUCCCGAAUGUCCUCUUCGUCAAGACUGACGUGACCAAAUGGGCCGACCUAAUCUCACUAUUCAAGGCCACGGUGGACAAAUUUGGCCGUGUGGACGUGGUGUACGCAAAUGCAGGAAUUGGCGCGAAAGCCGACUAUUUCAACCUCGAAGUAGACAGCAACGGAGACCCGAAAGAGCCAUCGCAAGCCAACAUUGCUAUCAAUGUAAUUGGACUGAUCAACACAGCCGUGCUCGCCAUCAGACAUAUGAAGGAGCAGAAAUCUGGCGGAGCCAUCAUUUUGACCGCCUCAGCAACCAGCUAUCUACCCUUUGGCGCGACUGAUUACACAACUUCGAAGCACGGCGUUCUGGGGUUUAUGCGCGGAAUCGUCCCGGAGCUGCAGGCGCGCAAAGUCACCAAUGUGCGCGUGAACUGCGUGGCGCCGAGCUUCACACGAACCAGCCUGUUUACACCUGAAAUGAUGGAAUUCUUAGGAUUGGACUUCCAAAAGCCUGAGGCGGUGUCCGAGGCCGUGGCGCUGCUGGCCGUCGACGCCACACGCCACGGCCAAUCCAUCUACGUGGAGGAGGGAAGACACCGGGAGGUUGAGUUGGAGAUCCUGCGCGUCAGUUAUGAAGCGUGCAAUACACUUCCCGGCGUCGAGUCCAGACACAAGAAUGACGUUCAAGUUGUUGAGAAGUUCCUCUCCCUUGGGGCGGGGAGUGCGAUAUAG